AAAGUCUCAUUAAUAAAGGAUGAAUUAUGUAUAAUAACUUUGAACGAAAUCGAUAAUACGAUAUUUAACUUGACAUUAAAAGUUUGAAUAGAAAUCAAAUUGACCGGUCCAAAUGGAUAAUCGAAUAAAUUUAAUAUUCCAAUGAUCUUAUUGGUUCGUUGAUUGAACGAUAGAAAACUUUUCCUUCAUUCGAUUUAAUUUCUCGAUAUCUCGAUUGUUCGAAUCGAACGCCAUCAUGCGGUAAUAUGAAAAAGUAGAAUCCAUCCGGGGGACUUCCGGUUUUGUCUUUUUGACAAGCGCAAGCGGUUAUAUACUAAUUGCCGUUUGACAUUUCAAUUUUUAUUUAAUAAUCCAAAAAUAUCGUACGUUUUAGUGAUAUGCGGUCUCGACGACGAUAAUCGAAAGAACGAUAAUGCACGGAUUAUAGGCUCGUUCGAAUAAAUCGUCCGAUGUUGAACGGUCACACCUGCGAAUCACAUUUAUGCGCGAAAGAGAUCAGAAAGAACAACGACAAAAUGAUCAAAACCGGAGAAGAAAAUCUACGACACCUGCAAUAUCCUCAGACAGUAGAAUUCAAUGGACAGGAGGAUCAACAUUCGGUGGAAUUGUAUAGCCAAAAUGUUACUAUAAUACCAUCCUCUGGAGGUCAUGAUCAUGGAAGUUCCAAAGUAAAAUUAAAAAAUAUCGUCGACUUUACUUGGGAACAUAAUUUUUAUACCGGUCAAUUAUUGGCUGUUCAUAUGUCUGGAAAGUAUCUAGCUUAUGGUAUCAAAGUUGGAACCGGAGGCGGAGUAGUACGGGUUGUAUAUAAAGAAUUAGAACAAAGAGCAUUACUCAGAGGCAUGCACGGAGCGAUACAAGAUCUAGCAUUUGCUCAUGUGUCAAAUGCAAUUUUAGCUUGCGUAGAUUACUCAGGAAAUCUCUUUAUACAUACUAUAGAAUCUACGCCAUCAGAAUUAUUAUGUAGUUUAGUAUUACAAGUAGAUGCAGAAGAAUCUUCACCGACUAGUCAUCGUGUUAUUUGGUGCCCAUAUAUUCCUGAAGACGAUCCAUCGGACGGAGAUGAAGUGUCAAAACUUUUGGUACUGACAAGGGGUUCAAAGGCAGAACUGUGGUCGGUUGCCACUGUUGCAGCCAGAUUUAGAUCUAUAGAGGCAACUGAUCCAGCUGCAAAAGAAAGUGGCGGUAUGAUAGAAAUUAAUCAACACUCAGGAAUGAUCGUUGAGGCAACGUUUAGCCCAGAUGGUACGGCCUUAGCUACAGCCAGUCUUGAUGGAGAAGUCAAGUUCUUCCAGGUAUAUAUGCACGGUAAUUCUCAUGGUACGCAAACCCAACCACAUUGUUUACAUCAAUGGCAACCCCACGGUGGACGUCCCAUUUCUUGUCUAUUUUUUCUCGACGAUCAUCAAACUUGUCAACCUGACGUACAAUUCUGGAGAUUCGCUAUUACUGGCUGUGACAAUAAUUCAGAAUUGAAAGUAUGGUCGUGCGAAUUAUGGACUUGUUUGCAAACGAUUAAAUUUGCGCCAACUCCUUCCACCGGAAAAGUUCCUGUAUUGAAAGCAGGCUUAGACCUUAGCGCUGGUUAUCUCUUGUUAUCUGACAUAUAUAACAAAGUUCUGUACAUAUUGAGUAUUUCGAAAGUCAGUGGAGAAGCAUUAGCGUGUGUAAGUACAAUAUCAGAAUUCCUUCUGCCAUAUCCUAUCUUGAGUUUUGGAAUUGUUGAUGCUGGGCAAAGAAAAAUACGUCCAACGGGAGAAUCCUUGGAGGAUCUUUCCCAGUGCGAGGAAGAAUCCGAGGAACAGCUUGUCAUCAGAAUGUACCUGGUUCAACCAAAAUCAUUACAAGAAUGUCAUAUAGCAUUUAAGCCUGCCUCACAAGUGAGUGGCAACUGUCUCAUGGAUAUGCUGACCCAUGAUUCCUUGGAUUAUUCUGAAGAUUUACCCGACAUUGGGACUGUUAAUCACAAUGGAAUUUCAGGAGAAAAUAGCGAAGAAGAUCGUAUGUUAUCGGCUACGAUCGAGCCAACGAGUAAUCAUAACGCCGGAUUAAACUUAAUGACACCGGACGCAUUUAGCUCGCCUGCGAAAAAGGAGAACAAUGAAUUAGAAUCAAGCCCUGCUAGUCCUGAACUUGGGAACGUGUUGUCUGCUAGUCCAUCACUGGCACAGGCGGUGCAAGCGUUAAAUGCAUCGGAUCCACCGCUUGCAACGAGCGAACUUGAGGAACAUGCUCCGGCUAGUGGUGGUAGUAGCCCUUCCAGAGAGGUCAGAGAGAUUCUCUCGCUCAGUAAACAAGACGAGGAGGCUGAUUCUGAAAGUAAAAAGGAAGCCGCACCAAAUACCGAUGAAGAUUGGCCUAAUAUUCCAAUGGUAUUGUUAAAAGAUGUCAAUGUACACGCCAUGAAACCAGACUCCGAGGAAUAUCCAAAUGGGGAAGAUGAUACUACUGUACAAAGGAACAAGGCGAAGGAAGAAACGAAAUCUUCUGCCAGUCACAUUUCUUGCGAACAAGAGGCCAAAUGGCAAAAUGCAAAUAAUAUAAAUAUUACUGACGUAACCAAUAAAAUGGAAUCUAUUUUAGAAACUAUUCAAGAACAGUAUCAAGAAAUUAGAGAAUUAAAAGCUGAAGUUACGAGAUUACGCCAGGAGACGCCGAUAUUGACGCGUGUGGAAUCGGUUUUAGCAAGAGCAUCGCAACAACAAACGGCAACGUUAGAACAAUUAUAUGGACAAAUGACUCGUCAGCGUGAAUUCUUAAAUACACUCGAGACAACGAUUAAAGAUAAAAUAGAGGCUAUUUUACCACGUAUUGUUGAGGAAACGGUCGAACCAUUAAAACGUCAGCUUCAUUUGGAUGUAACGCGUAUGGACGAUCUAUUGAAGGAUAAUUUGACUAAAUUAAUUAACGGUACACAUAUAAAAGAAACAUUGGCAUUAGCUGCGGCAAAUGCAGCUAAACCUGCUCUUGAUGUAGCUUUCAAAGACACUUUCACAAAUAUUCUUUUACCUGGCAUGGAAAAAGCUUGCCAAAAUAUGUUCAGACAAGUACAAGAUGCAUUCGUCAGAGGUACACGCGAAUACCUUCAAAACGUCGAUAUUAUUAUUGAUAAGCAAUAUCAACAACGAAAUGAACAACAAAGCGAAGCAUUAUCAUCAUUGGUACGCGAAGAAUUACGAAAUGAAUUUUCUAGAGGACUAUCUUCUUUACAAGAGGAUAAUGUACGUAUUGUUCGAGAAUCAAUCAGGGAAAAUCUAAAUCAACAACUGAAUGAAAUAUCUGGCGCACGUUCACGUGCCACAACUCCUGCCACAAUAUCCGUACCUGUCGUUGCUGAUGCGCAAACUCGAGUUGUCUCUCUAUUGCAAAGAGGUCAAUUAAAUGCCGCUUUUCAACAAGCUUUAAGUGCCAGUGAUUUGGGAUUAGUCGUUUUGGCCUGUGAAAGGACAGAACCGUCGAAGGUAUUUUCCUCUCCUGUAGGGCCACAAGGCCAAGGUACAAGAUGUAUUUUACAACAGCCAGUACUAUUGUCAUUGGUACAACAACUAUCUGCCGAUUUAGGACAUCGUACGGAACUUAAACACAGGUGGCUAGAAGAAGCUAUAUUGAAUUUAGAUCCAAAUGAUCCUGUUACUCGAGAGCACAUGGGUACUGUAUUAAUGACUUUGCAAAAUCAAUUAGCUACUUUUGUAACAGCAAAUCCAAAUCAUCGGUCAGCCAGACGAAUGAAAAUGUUAGCCAUGGCAGCACGUGCUUUAUUAAAUCAACAUCCUUGACCAGCAGUUUGUCUUCAAUAAGCACAUUCGUGUAUAAUAUAAGGUUCUUAUUUUCUGUCAAAACUGAGACGUGUUAGUCUACAAGCAAUAUCGCUAUAGCGAAUUUAAGACUGACAGUAGUUCACAUGGAAUGUGAAAGAAAUACUGUAUGAAUAUACGUUGUAAUUGUAUUGAUUUACUGGAAUACUGUUUUCUAUUGUCCGCAAAGUACUCAACUUUGUAAAAUAUCAAUCAAAAUAUUUUCAUAUUAGUAUUAUCGUAUCGAAACUUCUAAGUAAAAUUUUUAUAUAUUUCAUGUUAUUGAAAUAUUUAGUUCCAUCUAAAAUUUUUAUUGUCAAGAAGUUUUCACAACAUCUUUGUUCGCUAUUUAAUUUUGUUUCUUUAACUUUCAUGUGAAUUUUAUACAAAAGGGGAUUUCAAUGUCAACAGAAACUGUAAAAAAAAAAAAAAGAAAAAAAAAAGAAAAAGAAAGAAAAAAGAAAAAAUAACCUAUUUUACAUUUGUUACUUAUAAUAAUGUUCAGAAAACUUUUUUAUUGGUAAUUAUAUAGACAGUGCAUUUCAGUGCACUCCAUUCAUGACAUGAUCUAUAAUAUAUUUUGGAUAUACUUAUAAAUUUGAGGCUAUUCUAGAAAUUCUUAUUACUAAUUGGCAUUAUUUUUGUUCUCCUCUUUGCAGGAUACACGUGUACUUUGCAUCGCGAUUCGUCUUUAGCUUUCUUUCCUUUUUAUUAUGUACAUAUUAUUAUUAUUAUUAUUACCAUGAAUUUCAUAUUCUUAUUUCAUCUAGUGAAUCAAAAUGUUUCACGUUAUCUAGAUUAUAAGAGAAGAGGUAAUACAACACUAAAAAGGUACAUAAAAUGCAAUCUUCAUAAAACCGAAAAAUAAUCUAUAUGUAAAACAUACUUUUACAUUAUUCAUUACAUUUAUAAAUAGAUAUCUUUUUUCUAAUGAUUUUUUUAAAAUUUAUAACGUUUUGGAGUAAAUAAUACAGCGUAUCAUUUGCAUGUACACGCAUGUCAGUGUUCCAUAUAAUGUUGAAAAUGUUUCUCUUGUAUCUUUCAACGACAUAUGUAAAUAAUAUAGCGUAUUUUACAUUCA